AUGAUAUUCGUUCCGUUCGCAUGGUAUGAUACAUUCAAAGAUUUUUUUUGGCAUAACAGCUGCUUACAACGUUGUUCGUGUAUGACAGAUAAUUAUAAGAAGAUUAAUGGGCAAUGUAUUGAACAAAAGAAAGUUGCAGAGAACACAGUGCAUGAACGAAGCUUGGAUAGUUGUCUACGUGGAAAAUGCGCACUUUUGCAAGAAAUUUUCGAUACGGAUUGCUUAUUACAAGAGCGUUCUUGUGGACAAAAUAUGAUAUUUAUUACUGCUCAUAAAUUAAGCGUUCAAAAUGACUCAAAUUAUUUUCACUGCAUUGUGAAAUGUGUAUGCAUAAGUGGGCAUUACGAAAAGAACGGGCAAUGCAUUAAAAAAAGUGAUAUUUCUGUAGAUGCUUACAAUCCGUGCGACAUGGAGCCUUGCAAACCCAAUGAAAUAGUCCUUGAUGCAGGUUGCCAUUUAACUGGGCAUAAAUGUGGUACUAACAUGAUAUUCAAAAUCAUUAGCCAAGGAAUAAACUAUCCAUCAAUAUCGCGAUAUUGUAUCCAACGAUGUUCUUGUAAAAGCGAGGACUUUGUUCCGAAAGCAUUUCAUUGUGAGGAAAGGGAUGAAAUUCGAUUAAAGCAAGAAAUGACAUCAAAUGACAUUCUUCAGUUUUGUCCACGCGCCAUUUAUAAUCUCGAACAAGAUAUAACCGACAUCGGUUGUCGUUUGACUGGCUUAAAAUGCGGGGAAAAUAUGAUUUUCGUUACCAUGGAGCAAUAUUUUAGCGAAAAUUCGGAUACUAUUAUAGGAUGUGUCCAAAGUUGCCGAUGUAAAGAAGGAGGAUAUUGUGAGCUUGGAAAAAAAAUCUAUGAUUAUGAUUGUGCACUAACCGAUACUGAAUGUGGAAUUAAUAUGAUAUUCGUCACCGUGCAAAGAAACAACGACGCUGAAUAUUGCAUUCAAAUAUGCAAAUGUAAAAGUGCUGAAUAUAUCGAACGCGAUGGUAAAUGCCUUAUAAAGGUCAUUUCUGCAAUUGAUCAGCCGUGUUUUAAAAACGCAAAUUGUGCACUCGGCGAUAGUAUAACUGAUGAAGGUUGUCAAUUAAGUGGUCAAAAAUGUGGAAUUAAUAUGGAAUUCAUUCCAUUCGUGUUAAAUUUACCAAUGAAUAUAUGCAUACAAUAUUGCCUUUGCGAUAAUGAAAGUUUUGUAACAAAUAGCGAACAAUGCUCUAAACGAAACUCUUCGCAUCUGAGUGAAAUGAACAUCAUUAACAUGUGCGAAGCGGCAGAUGAGCACUGGAUCAAAUUAAAUAAAUAUAUCUUAAAAUCAGUGAAGUAUACAGCUAUGUCGGGAAGGCGACCAUGUUAUCGAAGAGUGAAUAGCCCAUCACAGGAGUUGUUAAAUAUUUCUUUACUUAUUAUGCCGUGUGGCUUAUACGUGAAAGGCAGGAGUUGGACUGAUCAUGUUUUGUUAAAUUGUUUGAAAGGAACUUGCUCUCUUCAUCAAAAAAUCCUUGAUUAUGGUUGCGGAUUGCAAGGACGCUCAUGUGGACUGAAUAUGACAUUCCGAAUAAUUGGUAGAGAAGAACUCGGAGAUACCGAAAUUAUUGGUGUUUCAUGCACUGUGGUUUGUGGAUGUGCUAGCGAAUUUUACGAAAAAAAUGGGCAAUGCAUUCCGAAGGAACGUCAACUUAUUCCUCUUCAGUACAAUCCAUGCACAAAUCGAAUUUGUGCAGUUGGUGAAAUAUUUUUUGAUGAAAAUUGUCGUUUAACUGGACAAAAAUGUGGAACAAAUAUGAUAUUCGUUAUCACCACUCAUGGAACGAUAUUUGCAUCAAACUCUCAAUAUUGUUAUCAACGUUGCAGUUGUAAAAAUGAUGAAUUUAUUGAAAAAUUUUUCCAAUGCGAAAAAAAAGCAACGAUUCAUUCAAUAAACGGGAUAUUUCACAUCAAUUUCAUUGAGCAUUGCUCACCAAAUUAUUUUAAAUAUGGACAGGAAAUUUUUGAUUCGGGUUGUCGUUUGACUGGUCAAAAAUGCGCACCAAAUAUGGUAUUCAGUUCUGUCGAAAAUGUUGACACCGAUUGUACACAACGAUGCAUUUGUGCAGAAGGCUAUGAUUAUAGUGAAGAUGAUGAACAAUGUAUUAAAGAGUGGUAUUGUGAAGGAGGAUACUGCAAACUUGGAAAGGUGAUUUUUGAUAAUGGAUGUACGCUUACCAGUUUUAAAUGUGGUGUGAAUAUGAAGUUUGUUAUCUUGGAAAAAAUUGAUUCGAGAAAUUGUAUUCAAGAAUGUAGUUGCAUUAGCAAUGAAUAUAUUGCAAUGAAUGGCGAGUGUAUGAAAAAGGGUGGAACAUCGCCUAAUUAUUUGGAGUCUGGAAGAUGA